UGAAGAAUUGGCUUUAUUCUAUUAAUCAGUUGUUUGAAAUGAACCAUUAAACCACAAAAAGUGGUCGACACUGUCUCUAGGUUCUUUCAAAGACAUGUGAUACAUACAUACAUGUGCGAUACAAGUACCAUACAAUUGUUUUUUUCUCUCUUGUUUACAAGCCCAAGCCCACAUAAUGUACAUGUACCAAUAUUUGACUUUGUCUUCAAAGGACUCACAAAAUUAUGUCAUGUUGCACUUCUGACUUAUCACAAAAAGUACAGGAACAAAUAUGUUGAUGAGCAGGGAAACAGUUGGGGAGAAACCCUGCACUGUUUUGUUUCUGUCUGCAUCGUUGACCUUUGCUCUAGCCAAGCAUUAAUUCAAAUAUUGACAGGAGUUGAUGUCAGUGUUUUGCCUUGAGUGUGUGGAGGGUGUCAUAUUUGUGCAAACAUGCCAAGAGCUGGAAAGUAGGAUGAAUAAUAUCUCAGUUUGUAAUGCAUACCGUAUCUGUCACAGUUUGGGAGCAGGCUUUUCAGGACACCAGGAUAUUUACUUUGCCAUUUUUGGAAUAUCACCAAGGAUGGACCGGGAACAAGAAGGCUUGGAUUAUUCAACAUUUGAUGAGAAUGCACAGUGUAAUCCUUUACACAUGUAUACAUAUGAACAUCUACAUGUACAUGUACAUGUACAAUACCACUUGUGUAUACCGGGUAUCUUGUAGUUCAUGGUACAGUUCCCAAUGAGUGGAUUCAUUGUACAAAGCAUAGACGGUGCAGUCUUAGAUGAUGCUGACAAGCCCUUGAAGAAGAUUGGAGGUACAGUAUGCAUCAGAUAACAGGAAGGAAGGCUUCAUGAAUUAUCCACCGAUUCCCAGGAGGAGAUUUCAGAAGAAGUGACUUCACACUAUGAAAGAAGAUAAUAAACCCAGCAAUAUCGCAUGCGCAUCAUUUAUGCCGCAUCGAUUCAAGGCAACGCAGUGUGGUCGAUGCUUCAAGUCCCAUGCUCAGCACAAGCAGUUCAUGAAAGGUAACAAGACCAGCCAUGUGCACAUUAUGGAUAUCCACACCAGUCAAGGUACGCGCUCCUUGGAUGACUCCUCGGAUGAGGACAAGCAUACGCAUGAAAAGUUGUGGACUAUGAACGGAAAAAACUUACUGCUUGGUGAUGAAAGUGGUGAGGUCACUACUGAUUAUUAUGCUCCAGACUCGGUGACAAAUAUGGAAGAUGACGCGGAUAUGAGGAAAAGACGACAGAUCCCAAAGAAAUCAGCUGCUCGCAGGACGAGGGAAGCUGGUUUGCGGUGGUCAUCACGAGAAAACGGUCUGAAGUUAAACAUCCCCAUUGAUCAGAUGCCACUGAACGAUCUCAGUCUUGCUUCAGAUGUUAAAAAGAGCACAGAUGAAUGUGAUUCGUUGUCGGAUAGUGGAAGUGAAAAUUGUGGAGACACUGAGCUGUUGAGGGUUCGGAAAAACAGUGGAAAUGGUAGAAAUAAUGAGAGUGAAAAACUCCAAAGUGCAAGGGAUCAAGCUGGAAUACAGUAUCUUAAGGCACUCCGGGCAUCACGUAAGUCAGCAAUUCCAAUUCCUAAAACCAUCAGGGGAUCAAAGUCAGAUUCCAAAAUGCUUCAAGAAUUCCAAGAAGUUGCAAGGAACCUCCGUCAUGUUGAAAAUCCGAAUCUGGAUCUGAACGAACUGAAUGGAAAUCACUGCCGGGCAGUGAGCAGAAGUCUCUCAGUUUCUGACAGUGACACCAGUCCACAGUUUAACAGACUAGACCUUGAAGAGAGACAGCGGACUAUCGAGGCCAAGACUUCAGAUGAACUUGCCAGUACAGCAUUCCAAAUUUUUUCAGGUCAGGGUAAGCAUGGUACAUUGCCAAGAAAUCUGGGUUCUGUGGAUCCGAGACCAGCAAUUCUGAACGGCAGCCAACAUCAGCGUCAGGCAUCAGAUCCUGAGAUUUUCCUGCCUCUUGAGAAGGAAGAGAUGCAAGUAGUGUCUAUAUCCACCUCUGAAUCUUCCAAAUGUGAGGAUCUGACAGCCAAGAAGCAAGUGGUCACAAGCAGCAAGAUAAGUUCUGAGAUAUUCUUUGGAACUAGUUCUUCAUGCCCCAGGCAAAGAGGCCCAAAGCUAAAUGAACAUUCACAGGAAGUUAUCAAGACAUUCUUAGACCACACUGAGAAACCAGUGAUGAUCGUGGCUGCAGACGGGAGUGUGUCUCACUACAGAGGCUCAGCACAGACAAAAACUGAGAGCAGUGAUCCCAUCAGUCCUCAGAAAGUAACCAGACUUUCUCCUCCGAAGCAUCUCACCAAACCCUAUAAGGUUGUGGAUGUGUCAAAAAAGCCGCCAGAGCAUCCACCAGACUUUGACAUUCCUGCAUACCCCAAACUUCCCCUUAGUCCCUCCCCAAAGUAUAAGUCUUCUGACUUGAAUACCAGUCUCGAUUCAGGGCAGGAUUCAUCGUCCUCAGACAUUUUCCAAUUCAAAGAAUCCACCGUAAAGUUUCCAAAGCGUGAAGUUGCCCUUGUUGAUGGCAUGUAUGCCAUGAAAGACAGUGUGCAGUUCAGCAAGCAAAAUGUAAAUGCUGCUGAAAACAAAGAUGUGAAAUCUCCCCUUAGCCUAGCUGAUGGAGAAAUCACACCACCCUUACCAAUUCUCUUAUCAGAAAGUGAAUCAGAAACUAGUCAGAAAUCAGACAAGAGGAGACACUCCAACUCAUCCAACUACAAAGUCCCAAUUUUCAUAAGUCCCAAGAAUUAUGACAAUGUGGGAACGGUGUUGUCAGAUAGGGAGUCAUCCAUGACCGAUCUGUCACAGGGCACUCCAGGAACAAGUGGAGAAGGGAAUUAUGGAUACUUGACCCCUCUCCGUCCAAUAAAAGAGGCGAAUCAGGUUGAAAAGGAAACCCCACCCAUCCCACCUGUUAGGACCAGCUCAGAGACUCAGCUGCAUGUACAUAUACCUGCAGCAGAGGAGAGGCCAGCCAAGCCAGCCAUCCCAAUUAAGCACAAGAGCCAGCCCAAGAAACCCAGACGGUUCCAGGAGCCAAACUCCAACAAUUCACAGUCAAGCCCAGAGUCCCGCUGGCGGUCCAAGACACACCCGCUGGGUGAGGAACCUCUCUAUGCCAAGGUCAACGUUCAGCGUAAGAAGUCCACUUCCCCAGUCACCAGGUCCAGCACUGAUGUUGGGAAAGCCAAGCAGAAGCGUGUGGCUCCUCAGCCACCUAACGGGGACAACCAAGAGGCUAUCUAUGUCCUGCCUGAUACUCUGCCGCGUGGUCUUGCACCUCUUCCCCCAGGAAAAGCAACACAACAACCUAAUGAGAAGGAUCUCUCUGAGGCAUCCCCUGGCAGAGUAGGAAAAUCUCCAGCUCCAUCUCCACCAAAUGAAGCUCUGCUGGAAUCAAUUUAUGAAGCCAUGGAUCGUAAACCAAACUCUGUGAAGGCUGUUCUGAAUGAGAGUUGUAUUAGUCCAUCCAAGUUACAGCAGGUUACUUCCAGUUGUAAAGUUCAAAGUAGUCCUAAACAAUGUUCUCCUACCACACAGCAUAGAGCUCAAUCCCCUGAAGGUAGGCAGCCAUAUACAACCAAGGGAAAGGUACAAAGCCCCACAUUGAAAAGGAAAUCUUACUCUGAAUUAAAAGGAGCUCAUUCCUCUCCCAAUGCAGUAGAUGCAUGUAUGCCUCAGUGGUCUUCCUUGCCGCGGUCCAUGUCACCUCCAAUACCCUGUGCUCGUCUGGACAUUGGGCAGUUACCAGACAGCUCCCCACACCCUAGUCCCAACAACAAAGAGACCAAGUCCAAACGGUCUAAGUUGCCAUGGCGGCGACGGAGGAAAAAAGAUGACCGCGGGAGCCCCGAGAGGGAAUUUGAUGCCACGGCUGUAGAGAAAUGGCUGGAGGGUGUCCAUCGAUUGAGGUUGGAAGACGAUGCCCAGAGGAACUCUAUGGACAGGAUGGAGGUCAUCAAUGCCUACAAGGGGGAACUGACGGCCUACAUCGAUCACUCGGAUCUGCAGACACCUAGCCUCAGUACGUCCCCAGAGCAAAACGGUGAUGACUCAGACGGUUCAGGCAUCAGAAUGCGUGCUAGCUCCUCCAGCAAGCGAAGAGCUCCUGAGCCACCCACAUCAAACAGGCCAGCCAGUUGGAUGGGAGGCACUUCAGACUCACCCAGUGGCUCCACGGAGGACUUCCUACACUUACAGAAAGGGUUGACUAUGUCACCAAGAAGCAAAAGGAGAGCGAGUGACGGCGACACCAAGGUGCAAUAUGAAAAUACAGGAAUACUUCGUCAGAGACAGAAAAGGGCUGCUCCCCCAAAGCCUGAGCGUCGACGGCGCAACAUGACCACUGGUUUCGAGAACCUACCGUCCCAAAGAGAGUUGGAAAUUAAACCCCCUGCCAUCAUGAGACAGUCAUCUUCUGACCCAGACUUUGCCAAAACUGUGUACGACUUUCUGCCUGGUACUCAACCCGUCAUAUCAGCUGGAACAUCCCCUCUGAAAUCAGCCCUCAAAGCUCCAGGCUCAUUUGAAACCAAGAAGGCAGAGGGUGAUGCCCACUCUCAACCCAAGCGUCCUGUGAGGAUCAUCGCUCCUCAGAAGAGCACGGAUAAGGAGCCUUCAUUUGUGAACAUCUACAGCAACAUAGAAAUCAAACAGAGGGGACUAGGAACCUCUGACGGCAAGACAUUGGCCACUUCAGUUGUGUUCACGGCUGAUGCUGAAACACAGUGUGUGUGGACAGGACCUGUGGAGAGACAGGCUGAAUCUGACAAAUUGACAGGAAAUCCUAGCAUCUGCAGGGACAUACUUGACAUCAACAGGAUGGCCUUGGCCAAACUGGCUGUAGCAGCACCAGCGCAUGAUGGGAUCGAUCAAGUGGAGCCAACUAUGACAAAACUCUGGGAAGACUUCCAACUUGAUGAUCAGCCUUGCUGUAUGGUACCCGAUGGAGCUUUCUAUAAGGUUACCCAUGCUGAACAAGUAAAGUCUGCCCCAGCCGUUUUGAUCAGUACAGAUGUCAGCAAAGCACCUGUCGUCCUUCAUAUUGCCCAGUGCAUCCGAGCCAUAUCAACUCAUCCUAAUGUCUUAAAUAUUUGCCAUGCCUCCAUUGAGUCAGUUCCACAUCGCUUGGUCAAGAUGGCCGGUAAUCAAUCAAAAGUCAGUCCAACAGAGAUAACUGACGGCAAAAAUGAAGAGAGCACAGAAGCAGCUGUGGUCAUGACAGACAAGGCACCAGUCACCCACAUGAGGAACUACGUGAGCCACAAGAAGGAGAUGCAUGAGUACCUUCCAGAGAGGUAUGAGCAGGACAUCACCCUGUUGCUGCUGCAGAUGCUCAAAGGUCUCCAGCACCUGCAGAUGCACCGGGUGUGUCUGAGGAGUUUGAAACCGGAUGACUUGUUGCUUGUUGACUCAGGCCUGCCAGGCGGGGGAUUGUUGCUGCAGAUCAACGCUAUCAUGAGCCACCUCCGGCGAGAACCUGAGGAGGGCCAUCCUGGAGACAUUUAUGGCUCACCAGAACAGCUGGAUGAGAAGAUUGCUGAAUUCGACGUCGGACUCCUGGUGUAUGAGUUCCUCCAUCAGACAAACCCGUUUGCCGUCAAGACAAGUUUGAUCACCCAGGAGUAUGAGCCCUCCCACUUGCCGCCUAUCCCGACGAGAUCCAGGUACUCCCAAGGUCUGAGCCGGCUUGCUGGAGAGCUCCUUCGAAAGAAGUCAUCGGACCGUCUGAGUGCCAGUCGAGCCAUUAACAUGUUGCAGUGUUUGCUGUGGGGCCCACCUGCUGACCUUCUGCAUAGAACCAGCUUCCCAGACCAGGCCUUACAACAGUGGUUAGCCACCGAGCAGGCCAAGAAAGUUGCCAGUAUGUGCCAAUAUUGCAUUCUAAGUUCCAACAAUAAUGAUACAGGGUACUCAAUCACAGACCAACUACAAUGUCAAUUUCUGAGUGAUGUGUCCAUUCAGGGUCUUUCAGAAAGUAUGAAACUUCUUUAUCAUUGAAAAUGACAGAGACACAAUUUUGUUCUUUUUUCUGCAUUAUGAUGUAGAUCACUUGGGUGCAGUAUUUUCUCACUCAUUUUUGUAUCACUAUAAAAAAAAACAUUCUGUGAAGUUCUCAAGAUUCAACUUCGUUUAACCAGCAUAUAAAGCUCUUUUCAUUUUGAGCUUUUAAAAAUUCUGUGCUUCGAAAUUGUUUGCCAUUUUACAUUUUCUUAGUCAAGGUCUGAGACUUUCUUUAUCUCAUGCAAGAAAAAAGAAUUACACAGUACAUGUAAAUCAUCUUCAUCUGUGUUGUACAUGCACCUUCCAAAGUUUUGCUUUGUGAAAAACAACCUGCAUAUUUCUGGUGAGCAAAACGUGACCUUAUGGUACCGUACUUCAGUCCUUUAGUUACCCAAAGACAAAGGUAAAACUUGAUCCCUUCAAGCUUUUCAUUUCUGGUUUGAUGUGUGUAUCCUUUCAGAUGAACAAACUGAUACCAGAAUGACUGAAAUAAGUAAAACUGAGUUAAGUGAAGAAACUGCUGCUUUGAGCAGCAUUUAAUUUAAAGUGCAGAAUUAGUACUUUUUAAAAAUUAGCUAGUGCUUGUUCAUGUAGGAAAUUCUGAAAGCAGUGGCUCUGUUUUGAGCUUAAUGAUAAGUGUUUGAUUUUCAUUUUCUGUUUUGCAUCAUAUUAAGCUGCUCUAGCUGUUGUAUGUGCCAAGUACUGUUGGUUUAAUUGUCCAACUUGCCCAGAAUUUUAAGGUGACAUUUUAUAUUUAAUAUAUUUCUGUAAAUGAAAUGGAAAUGUGCUCAGGAGUCAUAAUGCGACUUGCAUGUCAACCGCAUCAGUUUGUAUAGCAAGGAUGCAGAGGGAGGUUGUCAUUUCAUGGAGCAGUCUGUGUGUAAAACUUUAAACAGCUUUGAAUUUCCAAGGAGAUGGGGUUUUAAAGCAAGGGGCUCCUCCUCAGUCCCAACUUUUGCUAAGCACAAAAGAAUUGUAUUUAUCAGAAAACAAACCAAACUUGCCAUAUAGGCUACUGUACAUGUACAUUGCUUGUAGACUGCCUCUCUUCAGUUGAUCAUUCUGAAGCAUAUAAACUGCUAAAGCACUGAUUGCUGUAUCCAUUGUUGAAUAACAGGUGUUACAUUCAAGUGAACAACUUGUGGAGUUGUGUGUAUAAAUGCCUAGCAAGAUAAAACUUGAA